AUGAGCAGCCAGUCUCGAGCCCCAGCACAUCGCUCCAGGGAUGCUGAUGGCAUGGAUGAGGAUACCCCAGCCAAACUUUCAUUUCUUGCAAUGUUAGGACUUCAACCCGUAUCCUUUUCACCCAAUGCCGAGCUGCCUGGCGAACUUGAGGAUCAAGCGUUGGAUGUGGCGAAGCCGGAGAAACAGGAAGUGAGGGAGAAAACCGUGGCGAGUUGGUGUGUGGAGGAGCAGGCGAUGGAGGUGGACAUCCGCCCACUGCAGCAGGUGGAGGCUCUGGAGAUGAGAGUCGACCCUGCUGGUCUGCAGAUCAAGGGCCGGAUGCACCCUGAGCCCCAGUCAGAGAGGGAGGAUCUGGUCUAUCAAGAGGACAAGCUCCUCUCUUCUCCAGCUACCGAGAACAAGUGGCAAGCAGGAACCAAUCGGCCUAACAAUCCUCUAGAUACAGCUGUCAUGAGGCCAGCAGAGCUGGAGGGGAACAUUGAUCGAAGCACUGCCACCUUUGUCAAAAGGGGGAUAAUGAAGAACUGCUCUUACUUUGUCACGGCUGUGAUAAAGGCUGCCACACCUACUGCCACCGGCCUAGGAUCCCCAAAGUUCAUGACGAUAAAUGGUUCUGUCGCUUUUGUGUUGCAAGGAACGCUCAGUUACUCCUCAGCAAGAAGGAACAGAACCGAGCAGCUGGGGGAGGGAAGCGAGGCAGAGCCCAGCCUGACAGCAGUGGGUCCUGUGCCAAGAAAGCCAAACUGGCCAAAUACGACAGAGAUUGGCUGGAAAUGUGCCGCUCAGGAUCAUCAGGACGCGCUGCCCUUUCUCACCCCAGUCAACCUCAAAGCCUCACCCUCGUACAGGAGGAUCAUUAAGAAGCCCAUGGACUUCCCCACGAUCCGAAAAAGACUCACCAACAACCAGUACCUCAAUUUCGAGGAAUUCAUCAUGGACGUCAACCUGGUGUUUGACAACUGUGAGAAAUACAAUGAGGACGAUUCAACAAUCGGCCGAGCAGGACGGACCAUGAAAGAAUUCUCUGCCAAGCGAUGGGCUGAGCUUCUGAGGCAAAACUAAAGCUCAAAUAUAGAAAAUCACUUGUGCUACUUUCU